GUGUUCUUUGACAGCUCCUGGAGUUAACCGACUUCAAGAUGGAAAACGGCGUUGUUUUAAGCUAUUGUCAUAUGACCAUGCACCGUUGCAACAGCUUUUAGAUGCUACAAUCUCGGCAUAUAUAAACACAGCCCACUCCCGCCUCACUCAUAUAAGCCCGCGUCAUUAUUGUGAUUUUAUAGACUUCCUUGGCAAGGCACGUGAGACAUUCCGACUUGCUCCUGACGGUCAUUUGCAGUUCAUGAAACUUAUUGAUGAUCUGAAAAUAAUGUACCGUGGAAAGAAGAAACUAAUUCAGUUGAUACGUGAACGUUUCGGAUGA